AUGGAGCCCACUAUGAUAGUAAGUGAUGAAGAUAUAGAAAAAGAAAAAGUAGUAACAUUAAUAUCUCCCAAACAUCCAUUUCCUCAUAAAAUGUUUUUAUCAAAUAUUGAUCAAGCAGUGAGUUUUCCAGUUGAAACUUUAUUUUUCUUUCAAGUUGAAAAAGAAAAAAAAUUAUUAACGUGUGAUAUAAAUGAAAGAAUUAAGAAGGCAAUAUGUGAACUUCUUAUUCCAUAUUAUUUUAUGGCUGGUAGACUUUAUUUUAAUUCUGAAAAUAAAAGGUUAGAAAUAUUAUGUAAUAAUGCUGGAGUUUUAUUUGUGGGUGCAAAAUCAAAACUUGAAUUGGUUGAUCUUGGAAAUCUUUCUCUUCCUAAUGCUUCUUUUGGUCAUUUUAUUCAUCGUCAAGCUUUGUAUAAGGGUUUGGAUGAAACUAGCUUGUUGACUAUCCAGGUAACAAGAUUCAAGUGUGGAGGAUUUGCAGUUGGAUUCCUAACAAACCAUGUAACCCUAGAUGGAAAAGCAGCUAGUCACAUGUUCCUUAAUCUUGCUUCAAUAUGUAAAGAUGGUACCUUAAAAAUCCCAUCUUUAUACCUUGAUAGAACCUUUAUCAAAGCUAGAAAUCCCCCAAUUGUAACCUUUCCCCAUCAAGAAUACAUAAUGUUACCCAAAAUUUCUUCUAUACCAACUACAUUUACCACUUCAUUUGAAUCAUCCCCAUCCCCAUUAAUCUUCAAAAAAAAAUAUUCCCAAAAACUUUUUAAUUUUAAUAAAAAAAUGAUAAAUACCCUUAAAUCUAAAACACCCACAAAGUGUUCUACCUUCGAAGUUUUAGUAGCCCAUAUUUGGAAACAAAGAACAAAAGUUAUGUUCAAUGAUUUAGAACAAGUUUCAACUGUAUUGUUUGCUGUUGAUAUUAGGUCAAAAAUUUCACCCCCUUUACAAGAUGGGUUUGUGGGAAAUGCUGUAAUUACUGCAUUUGCAAGUUCAAAAGUGAUGGAUUUGAUUGAAAAUGAUGUUUCAUAUGGUGUUGAAUUGAUAAAAAAUGGUAAAGAAAGGGUUACACAAGAGUAUGUGAGAAGUGUGAUUGAUUGGUUAGAGAUUUAUAAAGGAAUUCCUGCUACACAAAAUGGGAAUUUUUAUGUGUCAGCUUGGUGUAAACUUCCGUUUGGGGAUCUUGAUUUUGGAUUUGGGGUGCCACAACAUGUGAGUCCUAUUGUUGCUGGGAAUGAUGAGUUUGUGUUGUUGCUUUCUGAAGCAAAUUCGAGGGGACAGAUGGGUGAGGCAAAUUCGAGGGAACAGAUAGGUGAAGCAAAUUCGAGGGGACAGAUGGGUGAGGCAAACUCGAGGGAACAGAUAGGUGAAGCAAACUCGAGGGGACAGAUGGGUGAAGCAAACUCGAGGAGACAGAUGGGUGAUGAGCCAUGUAAAGAACAUGGGGGUGUUAAUGCUUGGAUAACCCUCGAGCCUGAGAAGAUGGAUCGAUUUGAAAAUUAUAUUUUUGAUUUUUGAUUUUUAUGUUUUAUUAUGAGAAAUGAUGGAUGUGCCGUUGGUUUAUAAAGCAAACUCGAAGGAACAGAUGAGUGUUGGACAAUAUAAAGAACAAGGUGGGGUUAUUAAUGCUUGGAUAUAUAACCUUCGAGCUUGAAAAGAUAGAUCGAUUUGAAAAUAAUAUUUUUAAUUUAUGAAUUAUAUACUUUAUUUAAUUGCGUUUUUUUAUUUCCUUUGAAAAAAUGAUGUUUAUUUAUGUAUUAAUUCCAAAUGUAAAACCUACAUUAUGAAAUAUAUACUUCAAGGUUAUUAAUCAUUUUC